UGCUGCAGAGUCAGUGGGUUUCUCCCCUCAUGCACAUGGUGCUCAACACAACAUUGGUCAGGGCAGUGUCAGUCUGACGGUUGAGCCCUGCACGUCUCAGGAAGAGUGAACGAUGGAUGUGUUACUUUUACUUUGCAUUGUCUCUGUGACUUUCACAGGUUCGUCUGAGGGAGCUGGGGUGUUGCUGGACGAUGUUCUGCAUGCAGCUGUGGGAGGGAAGGUGAUGUUCACCACAUUACUGACACCACAAGAAGCAUCUGUUGUGGUUGCCUGGACUUUUGGUUUGGACAAUCUAAUAACUUCCAAAAAAGAUUCAAAUACAACUGCACAGCAGUAUGAAGGCAGGAUCACCCUCUUCAGAUCCAAUGGAUCGCUGGAGCUCAGGAAUUUGACUGUUAAUGACAGCGGAGAAUACGAAGUUGCCAUUUUACCACCCAAUGCAGGGAUUAUAAGAGGAAGCACCAUACUGGAGAUGCACGCGCCAGUCCUCAAUGUGACAGUGAACCCCAUCAGCACAGACUUAGUGGAGUUCAGCAGCUCCGUCAAUCUGUCCUGCACCUCCUCCGGAUCUUCCCUCUCGUUCCUGUGGCUGAACGGCAGCUCUGAGGUCACAGCCGGCGACAGAGUCCAGCUCACUGAUGGAAACUCUACUGUCACAAUAUAUAAUGUGACCCGUUACGACCAGGGACCGUUCAGGUGUCAUGUGUUCAAUCUUGUCAGUGAUGGCACCAGUGAUCGUGUAAACCUCUCCAUCAGCUUCGGCCCAGAAAACACAAGCCUGUCUCCGUCACUAAAGUUUUACGAGGAGGGAUCAAACAUCAGCCUGACGUGCUCAGCCGUCUCCAGACCUGCCGCUCAGGUCCAGUGGUUUCUGGACGGAGACGAGCUGACUGAUGCCGGACCCGAGCUCAGACUGACCGACAUCCGUACGAGUCAGAGCGGGAACUACAGCUGUCGGGCCUUUAACAACAAAACCAUGAGAAAUCAAACAUCCCAGCCUGCAGUCAUCUCUGUUCUCGAGAGAAUAUCAGGUGCCUCUGUCAAAUCCAAGACAAACCAGGCAGUUGAGGGAAACUUUGUCAACCUAACCUGCGAGGCUGCCGGCUCCGUCUUCACCAGACAGUGGAUGAAGGACGGCUCAGUUCUGAUCCCGACUGACAACAUGGUGUUUCAUAACAAGCAGCGUGUGUUGUCUUUUCAACCUCUAAAGAAAACAGACAGCGGAGGUUAUUCCUGUAGAGUCGCCAACCCCAUCAACAGUGAAGAAGCUAAAUACACUAUGGUUGUUAACCAUGGACCAGACAAUGUUCAAGUCACUGGUCCAAGUGAGAUAAAUCUGAAACACACCUUAACGUUGACCUGCUCUGCUGAGUCCACGCCAGCUGCGAGUUACACCUGGGUGCUGAAUAAGAAAGAGAUACUCAGCAAUUCUGCUGUAUUCACUAAGGACACCACCGAGUUCUCUGACAACGGAAAAUACAUCUGUACCGCGGUGAAUAAUAUAACUGGGAGAAAAUCAUCUGCAGUGCAUGGAUUGUCUGUAACAGUUAAACCACCUUCACGGUGUUCCGGUGGAUGCACUGCUGGAAUAGUAGUCGCUUGUUGUUUCGUCGGUGGACUUUGUGCUGGUGGAUGGUUCUUCAUCUCCAGAAGAAAAAAACAGACAAAAGACACCAGAGCAGGAGAAGAAGGCAAGAACAGCGCAGCAUCGUCAGGGAGUCAGGAGGUGACCCACGCACAAAACAGUCUUUUCCAGAAUAAAGAUGGUGGGACAGUCGAGCUGGGGUUAGACCAUAACUUGUCAGAUAAUGCUGAAGUCAAAGUGAACAACACGCUUCCUGCAGCAUCCUCCCCUCCUACCGGCGAUGUCCACCAGGAACAAAUGUACAAAUAUAAUAGAGCAGAAAUAGUGAAAAUAUCCUCAGACCAUCCGUACAAGAUGGAGAAGAAGCAAGAAGGAACCCUGGCUAUUGUACUUCUGGCCUUAAUAAAAGGUUUUCUGGCCUCUGGUGUUGUCGAGGUCCAGCCCUCCAGCAACCCCGCUGUGGUCGGGGACACGCUGACACUGUCUCUGUCUCCCCCGACGAAUAUGAAGAGUGGAAGCUGGGCAGUGGGAGAGUCCCUCAUCCUCACCUGGAUCAGGGACCAGGAGGCGGUCUUCCCCAAUCACACGGGCAGGGCAUCGGUCAAUGUCCUCACUGGAGCGCUCACUCUGAGAUCCGUCACGGCCGCUGACUCUGGGGUCUACGUGGUGCAGAGCAGUGACCCCCAGCUCAGGGCCAACGCUUCUAUCACUGUUUUGGAACGCAUUUCCAAUGUAACGCUAAUGGCAAAGCAAACCGACUUCGUGGAGUUCAACAGUCCAGCGAUCGUUGCGUGCUCGGUCUCCUCUGGAUCCUCUCUCUCUUUCCUGUGGCUGAAUGGCAGCUCAGAGGUCACGGCCGGUGAGAGAGUUCAGCUCACUGAUGGGAACUCCACUCUCACUGUAAUCAAUGUGACCCGCUACGACCGGGGACCAUUCAGGUGUCGUGUGUCCAAUCCUGUCAGUAAUGGCACCAGUGAUCCAGUUAACUUAAACAUCAUCUACGGCCCAGAUAACAUGGCUCUCACAGUGGAAGGAUCCUUUUCAGUUGGAUACAAUCUGACCAUGCUCUGUUCAACUCAGUCCAAUCCUCCUGCUCAGCUUCAGUGGGCGUUCAGAGGAGAGUUUGCGAACACGACGGGUCCACUGUUGGAGCUGUACGGCAUCACCGAGGAUCAGAGUGGUCCAUAUUCCUGUCUGGCCUUUAACAAUCACACCAACAUGAACAGCAGCAUCACCUCACACAUCACGAUAACAAAGUCCCCAUCAUCUGGAUCCAAACAGCAGGCUGUCAGUGUGUUGCUCCUCUGUCUGCUGUUACUGGAAGGAUUCAUCUUUUCUUUGCCUGGCAAGAUGUAGAAUAACUACUAGUAAAUACAUCAUAUUCAUUAUUAUUCAUACCAUCCCAAAAUAUGUUUUAUGUUUAGGUUGAAAGUUUCCUUAACAUUUUUCUUUCAAAAAAGGUAAAAAAAAAGUAUUUUCAUUUGGAAAUGGCGACGUUCUUCCAUAGUGUCAAAUCGGCUUCCUGUUGUGACAUAAUUGGUGUAAUGAUUCUUUCAUUAUCGAUUAAUAUGAUAUUCUUUUCCCAAUUAAUCACUGAGUCUAAAUGUCAAAAUAGUGACAAACUGCAAUCACAAUUCGCCAAAGCCCAGACUGUAAUAAUCAGAUAGCUCGUUUUGUCGAAGACCAUAAGAUGUUGAUUUGUAUUUUUAUUACGAACGAUUUAAAAAUAAAUAAAAUCAAUAAAAGAAAAAAAAAAGAAUAACAACAAAACAAAAUUUCAACAUAACACACGCUAGACCCGUUCGAAAAGGAAUAAGAAGAAGCAUAGGCUUGUCAGGUCCUAGCCCCAGUCUUCCCCACAGACAAUUAAAAAAAAAAAUUUAAACUAAAAUACCAGUCCAGUUUAAGUCAUGCUCUAUAUUAAAUUCACUGUGAUUGAAAACAAAAAUUAUUAUUUUUUUAUUUUUUUUGGACUGAAAGAAAAAGUUGAUUAUUGACUUAGUUGAUUCCAAUAUGAACCAUUGAAUCUCUACUGAAGAUACUCCCACAUCUAACCUGCACUUGAUUUCUGUACAUUGUGCAUUUCAACAAUGUACAAUAUGAGGAAUGACACUGACAUUAACCCAUAUUCAAGAUUUAACUUAUGCGAGGAGAACAAAAUAUUUUGGAACACAAUGAUAUAGAAUUUUUUUUUACUAUACAUUGUAAAGGCAUGUAUACAGUAACAUAACUAAUAACUAAUAUCAAUACAGUAAAUAACUGAAUAACAACUUAGAAUUCACAGAUGUUGGUGGCUCUUUCACUCUAUGGAUGACUUUGAUGCAGUGAAAUGAGUUGGAUACAGUGAACUUUUAUGUAUUUAUCCAGUACAGCGUGUGUGAUUGUCAUACCCUUCUUAGGGGACUAAUUGUACACUUAAAACUAUAGGAUGGCUUGUCCAGCUGUGUUCCCUAUGGAAAAAAUGAUGAUGUUAAGGUUAGUUUUUGGGGUAAGGCGAAUAUGGUUGUGGUUUGGUUAGGCUUGAGAAAAUAAAUGGUUUGUUAUGACAUUUGUGCGUGCCUGAUAAAGUGUAAUAGAUUCUUAUAUCUCUAGUACCCAAAUUCAUAACCAUUACUGAUGUAAUUUUCCCUCUUUAUAUUGUAUUAUGUUCACUAAUCAAGCAAUGCCCUGUGGUUGAUUAGGAGAUAA